UCAGAAGUCUCAGAGUUGUUUAUUGAGCACGUGAUGUAAACUUCGGCACUUCCUCCAGCAAUCCCAGGUUCCUUGCCCAACCUCCUCUUAAGCUUCUCCGGGAGUUUCCUCUUUCCCGGGCUCAGCCACGCCCCUCCCGCCUUUUCAGUUCUGCUUGUCCUCCCUCGGGGAAGCAGCCUCCACUCUCUCUCCCGCCUCUCCAGCACCCGGUGGGGGCGGGGGGCUGCCCCAGUCAGGUACCCCAGCCUCCUUUUAGCCCGCCGCACCUGCCCCGCCUUCCAGCCCCAGGCCGGCUGGCGCGGCGCAGGCGCACCAGGCGUGGACCGGAGGCCGAGGGCUACCACAGCAGCUUCGGCCUCCACCUCCUCCUGCCGCAUCCGCGCCGGGCUGGUCGGCAGCCACCGGGGCCGCGCUGGGCAGGGGCUCCGCGGGCCGCGUGUUGUCAUGGGCGCGGGCUGGAGCACCGAGGAGGAGCGGCAGCCACUGCUAGGGCCCGGACUCGGGCCUGCGCCGGGGACUGUCUGGAGAAGCCGGGAGGCGGCGGCGGCGGCGGCGUCCGGGGUACCCGCGGCGGUCCCGGGUCCCGGACGGGUCUACGGGCGCCGCUGGCUGGUGCUGCUGCUCUUCUCGCUGCUGGGGUUCGCGCAGGGCCUGGUCUGGAACACCUGGGGCCCCAUCCAGAACUCGGCGCGCCAGGCCUACGGCUUCUCCAGCUGGGACAUCGCGCUGCUCGUGCUGUGGGGGCCCAUUGGCUUCCUGCCCUGCUUCGCGUUCAUGUGGCUCCUGGACAAGAGAGGUCUUCGGGUAACUGUGCUUCUGACAUCCUUCCUUAUGGUUUUGGGAACUGGUCUAAGAUGCAUACCUGUAUCAGACUUAAUGCUUAAAAGAAGAUUAAUCCAUGGAGGACAGUUGUUAAAUGGAUUGGCAGGUCCAACGGUAAUGAAUGCAGCUCCAUUUCUCUCUACGACGUGGUUUUCUGCAGAUGAACGGGCCACUGCCACAGCCAUUGCAUCAAUGCUCAGUUAUCUUGGUGGAGCAUGUGCAUUUUUAGUUGGGCCACUUGUUGUUCCAGCCCCCAAUGGAACAUCACCUCUUCUUGCUUCAGAGACUAGCAGGACCCACAUUAAAGAUCUCAUAGAGACUGUAUUAUAUGCAGAAUUUGGAGUUGUCUGCUUACUAUUUUCUGCAACACUAGCUUAUUUCCCACCCCGGCCUCCACUUCCUCCCAGUGUUGCUGCAGCUAGCCAGCGACUGAGUUAUCGGCGGAGCUUUUGUAGAUUAUUAAGCAAUAUGAGAUUUUUGAUGAUUGCUUUAGCAUAUGCCAUACCACUUGGUGUAUUUGCUGGCUGGUCUGGAGUUCUGGACUUAAUUUUAACACCAGUGCAUGUCAGUCAAGUAGAUGCUGGCUGGAUUGGAUUUUGGUCCAUAGUUGGAGGCUGUGUUGUUGGAAUAGCUAUGGCAAGGUUUGCAGAUUUUAUCAGGGGUAUGCUGAAACUAAUUCUUCUCCUCCUGUUUUCUGGGGCUACACUGUCAUCCACGUGGUUCACCCUGACCUGUUUGAACAGCAUCACACACCUGCCUUUAACCACAGUGACAUUAUAUGCCUCCUGCAUUCUCCUGGGAGUGUUCUUGAAUAGCAGUAUACCUAUAUUUUUUGAGCUUUUUGUGGAGACUGUCUACCCAGUUCCAGAAGGAAUUACUUGUGGAGUUGUCACUUUUUUAAGUAAUAUGUUCAUGGGAGUACUUUUAUUUUUUCUCACAUUUUAUCACACAGAGUUGUCUUGGUUCAACUGGUGCCUUCCCGGGUCGUGUUUGCUCAGUCUCCUCCUCAUUCUGUGCUUCAGGGAAUCCUAUGACAGACUCUAUCUUGAUGUGGUUGUCUCAGUUUAAUAGCACAGACUUGAGGAGUUUGAAAAGGGACUGCAAAUCAUACGGCAUACUGCACAUUUGCUUGGAGUUGCACACCUAACAGGAAAAAAAAAGGAGAAGAGAGAAGCUUCACUCAGAGGUUUUGUCAGGUUACAGAUGAUCAUAUUCAUUUCAUGACUACUAGGUAACAAUAAUGUGGGACUUGAGUGAUAAUAGGGGGCUUAAAGACUCUAAAUGGCAUACCAGUGCCUGGUUCUGGGGUUGGAAGUGUGGAUAUCUUACACAUAAAGCACUACCUAAAUAAUGCCCUCUAUGUUCUGUGCCAGUGCUAAACUACUGAUUGAUUAAUUGUAAUUAUGGGAAGAAAUAAAGGGUAUCUAUCACAUACCUUACCGAAGUCACAUAUCAGAAUAGGAAGAAAUGCCACUAACUUCUAAAGAAGUUUAAACCCUAUAUCAGAUUUUAAUUAUAAAAUAGCCAACAGGUAUAUCAAUGAUAAAAUUUAGCCACGUGUACACUACAUUUUUUCUAAUAAAGCCAUUUCUUAUAUGACUCCUUAUUUUUAAUUAGGUCGGAAACCUUUGGCCAUCUUUAUUAUGGUGAGCAAGUGCUUCCCAGUGACUUCAGAGCACAUAUUUGUGUCUCGAUCUCAACUUAUCCUUGUUUCUGUGAAAUACAGUUUCAUCUACUAGGCUCUUAAAUAAUUAUAUUAAAGGUGACUAAAUGUUUAAUAUAGUCGCAUUAAGUAUUGUAUGAAAAAUGUAAUUCCGUUCUGAUUUAGCACUUUGUUAAAAGUGAAAUGACAAAUCACAUAGAGCAUUCUGUGUCUUCAGCCUAUAUAUAUGCAUAUGUACAUGGUGGCGUGGGAUGUAAAGUCCAGCACCAGCUCUUAUUUCCUAGGGUUGCAUUUUACUAAAUGGUCCUUGUUUGAAAAUAACAAUUUAUAACCUUGAAAUCUUCAAA